CAGUUCCCGAACUUCCGUGCUGCAAUGGGCUGGCUGCACAGCUUAUCACUUUUAAGUGUUUUAUUCGCCUGCAGUUUCGUUACUGCUGAGUAUAGUUACCCAAACUACCCACCAAGCCAGAGGCAAACCAGCUAUCCGACGUCAAAAACUAAUACCUACUGGCACCGGUACGUUUGCCGGGAAUCUAAUCCGAGCUACCAAUGUAUAUUCCGCGAUGUGUCAAUCGAUAGAAAUACUCCCGGUGCUUACUUCGGUGAUGUUGAGAUAACGCAUAACAGCCAGAAAAACAUUACAUUCAAAAACUCAGUCAUGAGAAAGCUACCGGAGACAUUAUUGGACUCGUUCAGAGAAGUCGAGCUGCUCGAACUGAGUGGUCUUCAGCUAGAGGAAAUCGCACCGAACGCCUUCGCAUACGGUAACCACAUCCGGGAACUGUAUAUGGGCUACAACAAUAUUCACGUAUUACCACAGGGUGUGUUUCAAAACAUGAGGUCUCUCAAAAGAUUGACGCUGGAUCGGAACCACCUCGAGUAUUUGCCAUGGAACAUCUUUGCCGAUACAUCUAAUCUCUUCGAACUGUCGAUUGUGAACAACAACCUGCAGCGUAUCGGUGAUAAUACCUUCGAAAAUGUUAAAAAAAUGGAAAAUCUAGAAUUGUCCAGCAAUAAUCUCACCUACAUUAACCUUUCGCUCAUUCCGAGCCUAAAAUAUGGAAAUGUCAGUUCCAACCUGCUUACGACAUUGGCAAUCCCGGUGGCUGUGGCAGAACUGGAUGCCUCGCACAAUCGCAUCGCCACUGUGACGGGUCCAAACAAUACAGAGCUCGAGAGUCUCUUUUUGCAACAUAACAAUCUAACAAACAUCGCAUGGCUUAAGCGCUAUUCCGGACUGAUCGUUUUGGAUCUUUCAUACAAUGAGCUAGAAAAGGUAACAGACAAUCACUUCAAGAAUUCGUACCGUCUAGAGAAAUUAUACCUGUCUAACAACCGGCUGGUGGCAUUGAACCUGAUUUCCGCACCUAUCGGAACACUCAAGAUACUCGAUGUCCGGCACAACCAUCUACUGCAUGUGGAAAGGAAUGUGAAUCAGUUCAAUACGCUAGAGGAGCUGUAUCUCGAUCACAACGCGAUCGUAACGCUCAAGCUCAGGCCCAAUAACGCACUUCAAAAUCUCACACUAUCGCACAACGAUUGGGAUUGCAAAAAUCUGGGUGAACUGUUUCAAAACGUGUCGAAAUCGGCAAUAAAUGACCUUGACCGCUCCUGCAAGGCAGACUACCAACUAAAGCAAGGCAUUUGCUGCAAGGAAAGUGACAAACCGUACCUGGACCGACUGAUACAGCAGAUCAGUUUGACGAGCGUUGCAGAAAAGCAACAGCGUGCCGAAGGGCGUUGCAGUGCAUCGGACACAAUCAAUAGCGUCCGGAAUUUGACCGAUUUCAUUACUCAGCAAGGCGAACUGGCGCAAUCUAAUCCACAGCUCCAGACCGAAAUUAACCAACUGAAUGUCGAUGUUCAACGGCUAACGUACCAACAGUCGCAAUAUGAGCAACUGCUUCAACUGUUGCACACCGAGGUCGAUAAUACGCUGCGUCGCUACCGCGUGACAAAGCAAGGAUUGGUGCAUCCGAGCGUAAACCUCCGCAAGGCGUUCGAACAUCUGAAUAUUCGACGUACGUUCAAGGAAGGAGAAACAAAAAAACGCCAAUCGGAAGCAAAUCUCAAACAACAGGAAGUGGCAUCAUUGGAACAGGAUAACGUAACCCUUGAAAACAUGCUGGAAGAGAAGAAAAAUAACACGCGUGUCAUCAAUAAGGCUACGAAGGUCACAACAAGUAAAGUGCAUCGUUUGGAGGCAAAUCGUAAUAGCAACGCGCCGGCAAGACAAAUAACUAAGUGAUGAACCGCAAACAGGACGCGCAUUUCAGGUUGCGUGCUGGUAGAAGGAAGAUACCGAAGGAGUAGCUGACUUCGGACGUUUUUUUAUUUUGUUUUAUUUUUCUCGUUUUCAAUAAACUGAUUGCACAUCCAA